AUAAUAACCUCAGCACCUGCCCUUUGCCUCCCCUCUUCUCCCGGCGGCGCUCUAGGGUUCUAGCUCCUCCUCUCCGGCGGCGCGCGCGCAUCGACAGAUCCCACCUCUCAGCCCGGAAGGCGGCGGCGAGACCCGAGGCUAGGCAAAGAUGGUGAGAGUCAGCGUCCUUAACGAUGCGUUGAAGAGUAUGUACAACGCAGAGAAGCGUGGGAAGAGGCAAGUCAUGAUUCGGCCCUCUUCAAAAGUGAUCAUCAAGUUCCUCAUCGUCAUGCAGCGCCAUGGCUACAUUGGUGAGUUUGAGUACGUUGAUGACCAUCGGGCGGGGAAGAUCGUUGUUGAGUUGAACGGGAGGCUCAACAAGUGCGGCGUGAUCAGCCCUCGCUUCGAUGUCGGCGUGAAGGAGAUCGAGGGGUGGACUGCUCGGCUGCUCCCAUCUCGUCAGUUUGGGUACAUUGUCCUGACAACCUCUGCUGGCAUCAUGGACCACGAGGAAGCCAGGAGGAAGAACGUCGGUGGCAAAGUGCUUGGCUUCUUCUACUGAAUAGAAGUUUUGUGAAAGGAUUCUCGAUUGGUGCAGUAGGAUAUUUAUCUUACGAUGUGUCCUGUCUAUUCCUAGUUGAUUACCGAAAGCACUUUGAGGGAUCUUUGAGCUGUUUUAGUAGUUCUGAUGAAUUAUGCCUUUGCGAAUUUAUUUCCAAAUGUUAUCAUGUGCCACUGGGUGGGUGGAUCUUGCUUGUAUUGGCUGUUGUCGAAUUUGCCUUAUAGUAUGCCCGUUUGAAGUGGAGGAAA